AUGAAGACUUAUGGGACUCACUCUCUCCCCCCGUAUUCCUGGGAAGAGAAUACCAAACUAUCCCGGAAAAAGAAGAAGGAGAAGAAAGCGAAGAUAGUGGUACCUCCACCGACACCUCCUCUCGGACGGACGAAACCAUCCAUGUCUUUAGUGCUGAAUUUCAGCACUGAAGACAUCUUCAAUACCAAGCAACCGGGGGGAGACUGGACCAAACCACACCUACCCACUGAGGUGUUUUGGACCACGUCUCUAGACCCCAAACUAGGAAAGAGGAUCCCCUCUCUUUCCCAAUACAGAGGCGCAUCGCGCCCUGAAAGAACAAAUGAAGAAAUGGACAUGGGGCGUCUCAAGCGAGAAAGGCGAUGUUUCCGAUGCGGAAACACUGGACAUGUAUGGAAGAAUCGCAGAUGUGAUCUGCAAAAGGAGUGGUUCGUCAAAAAUGCUGAAGGACAGAAGAGCCACUUCGCACGGCAACAGCAAAAGGAAUCCACAGAGGAACGAUGCAUUCGUUGCGGAUUCCCUGGACAUACUAGAUGGGAUAACAAAUGCCCAUCUGACAGGUCCCAAUGGCGCUCUGCUUGA